AUGCCUUCAGUUUUGAAAUGUAUUGAACGCGUGGCCUGGGAUGGAAGCUGGCAGGAUUCGUCAGUGCAGUUCAAAAAGGGGUCCUAUGUUCUUCUGCGACCCGCUUUUGUGGCACUUCAUGCCGACGACUUCUCUCCGGACGAUGAUGAGCUUGUUGCAGAGCUGGAGGAGGGUAUGGCGCCUUGGCACCGUAAGUUAUCAGCGAAGUUAGUUUCAAUGGCAAGAGCUGAGGAAGUAGAAGUUGUGGAAGUGGUGGACUUUGUCGAAGAAGAGAGAGUGUUCCCAGCUUGGAGAUUGGAACUGGACCACCGAUGGCGGGGCAGGCUCCGCGACUUCGACGGAUGGAUUACCCUCCUGAACAGAGCCACGGGCACCGAGUGGGUCGCCCCGACAACCCAGGUGCCUCCGAGCAAGGAUACCGUGGACGACGAUGCCCCAGGCCAGGAGUUGCACCCGGAGCUGGAAGAAGCAGAGAUCGCCAGGGAGUCCUCCGUGGAGCCCGAGGAGCCUGAUGAGCCGUUGCCCGUGCAGGACUCGCCAACUCUGCUGCCCGGUCUCUACAUCCUCCUGCGGCCUGCCUUCGUGUCACCGGAGGCCAAGAUCUUCGCACCCGAGGAUGACGAGCUCGUUGCGGAGCUCGACGAGGGCCAGGAGAUCGAGGUGACAGAGAUCAUCGACUUUGAGUCGGAGAAGUCCGAGCCGGCGGAUGGCGACUCCGACCCGGAGGACCAAGGUGACAUGGAGGCCGAGGAAGAUGCCGGCACCGAGCCUGCCGAGCCUGGGCCGAAAGGGCGGCGCAAGCUCUUCGACGUCGGCCUCUACGUUCUCCGGCGCCCGGCCUUCGUGUCCCCCAGGGCGGAGCUCUUCGAGCCCGAUGACGACGAGCUCGUCGCAGAGCUGGAGGAGGGCGAGGAAAUCGAGAUAGUGGAGGUUGUGGACUUCCGAAAUUUGGGGCGAGUGCGUGGGAAGCUAAAGUCGCCGGAAGGUUGGAUCACCUUGAGGAACUCUGCGACCGGGAUCAAAUGGGUCGCUCCGAAGGCCGGGUCUUCUGACGAUUCUGACGCCACUAUAAUAUGUCAUGAUCCGCCGCCUUACCCGAAGGGAUUCUACAUUCUUGUGCGAUCUGCAUAUGUUGCGUACGAUGCCGACAACUUCGCGCCUGACGACGACGAGCUUGUUGCAGAGCUGGAAGAGGGUGACGAAGUCGAGAUUGUGGAGGUAGUCGACUUCGUCGAAGAGGAGAGGGUGCGUGGCAGGCUCUACGAUCCGGAUGGGUGGAUUACCUUGCUGAACAGAGCCACCGGAGCUGAGUGGGUCACCCCGAAGGUAGAGGUGGAUGCUGGCAGCCGAGGUGAAUCUGACGAUGAUUACUCCUACUCGGAAGAUGAGGAUGGAAAUCCGCGGCCGAGGCGGCAGAGGAUGGCAUAUGACGUGGGAGAGUACAUCUUGCUGCGCCCAGCUUUCGUUGCCCGCGAUGCGAAGACCUUUGACCCUGAUGACGAUGAGGUCGUCGAGGAGCUCGAGGAAGGCCAAGAAGUUCGCGCGGUAGAAAUCGUGGAGCUGAAGGAAGAGAAACGAGUGCGAGCUCGUCUCCAUCAGCCGGACGGCUGGGUGACCUUUGCCAACACUGCGACGGGCGUCCGCAGAGUCGUGGCCAAGGAGGAGUGGCUGGAGACCCGCACGGCAACUCGACGGCAACGAAUCCACUUCACACAUGGUCACCCGGGGAAAGUCGCGAAGCGCUUGGUGGAGCUUACCGCCGAGUCCUGGGCUUCUGGCGAUGUGGGUGACUUGUUCGCAUUCUGUGCCCGAGAGAGUGGUGAGGAUGAGGAGGAGUCAGACUCUGCCUCCGAGUCAGAGCGGCGUCGGCCUCAGAUAAAUCAGUCAGAAGAUACCAGGCAAGCACGGCGAGUAGUUCACCGAAAUUCGGGAGACAUGAUCCCUUCUUUCGCAGAUGUGGGGACGGUGCACACGGACGGCGAUCUCCUCAGUCGCUCCAACCAGGGAGAGCUGGCACCCACACCAAAGUUCAAGCAGCUCUAUCCAGACGGCCGGCAGGACACUUGA